AUGGUUGGUGUGUUCAACCAUUCUUCUACCUCUACUGGAUCUACCUCUUCUACAUCAUCUCCUAACCUCUCUGGUGCUGGCUCCUCUGUUACUGAGUGUCAAAUUUGUGGCAAGAAGGGCCAUGGUGCAUUGGAUUGCUAUCAUCGUUCCAACUAUGCCUAUCAGGGAUCUCCUCUACCAUCCUCUCUCACUGCUAUGGCUGCUCAAGCUUCUUUCUCUCCUGAUGCAGUGUGGAUUGCUGAUAGUGGAGCGAGUCAUCAUAUGGUGCCACACAUGACUACAAUGCAUAAUGUUACACCUUGUAAUUCAGCUGAGAAUGUUGUAGUGGGUAGUGGGGAAGGUUUGCACAUUGCUUAUAUUGGCAAAUCUCAUAUUCCCACUGUCUCUUCUUCUCUUAAUCUCUUUAAAGUCACCAACAAGAUGCUUCUCCAGGGCAAGAGUGAUCAUGGCUUGUAUCCUAUUCCUACCUCUUUAUCCUCAGUUGGUUCAAGUAGUAGUAGUUCAGUUGGUGCUAGAAGUCGAGCCUCUCAGUCGCAGACAAGUGCUUUUCUUGGUCAGCAAGUUCGUUCAUCUCUUUGGCAUAGUAGGCUUGGACAUCCUACAAAUGAAGUUGUUCAACUCAUGCUUACAGCCGCUCAAAUCCCAGUGCACCGCAUAUCUUUGACUACCUCACCUUGUUAUACUUCAACAGUUCUAUCACCUAUUCCUGUGAUGUUAACAUCUGCUACAUCACCUUCAGUGCCUGCUUCUCAUAGUUCCUCUAGUGCUCCUAGUAUUACACCUCCAGAAUUGUUAGCCUCUCUUGAGCUGUUUCAGCCUGAGCCUUAUAUACUAGUUCUGUCUGAGCAGCAAUUACAAGUUCUUCUACCUUCUAUUGAUUCUAUUAGUUCUUUUUCUACUGCUUAUGUGCAACCAAAUGUUCCUGUUGAAUCUGCUCCGGCAGGCCCUUCUCAUUCUAUGCUUACUCGAUAUAAAGCACGCCUAGUUGCUCAGGGUUUUAGUCAAGAGGCUGGUUUUGAUUAUGAAGAGACAUUUAGCCCAGUUGUUCGUCAUGCUACAAUUUGUAUCAUUUUCAGUUUGGCAGCUUACAAUCAUUGGUCUCUUCGCCAAUUGGAUGUAAAGAACACCUUCUUACAUGGGGAACUUGAGGAGGAAAUAUACAUGAAGCAACCUCAGGGGUUCGAAGAUCCUCACCAUCCUGACUAUGUUUGUAAACUUCAGAAGUCAUUGUAUGGUUUAAAGCAGACUCCUGCUAUUGUGGUUCUAUUACUCUAUGUCGACGAUAUUAUUCUCACUGGAUCAAAUCCACAUAUCGUUCAGGAGGUAAUCACAGUGCUUGGAUCAGUGUUUGAGCUUAAGGAUAUGGGCACACUUACUUAUUUCCUUGGUCUUCAGAUUUCCUAUAAGUUUAAUGGAGACAUCUUUGUCCGUCAACAAAAAUAUGCUACUGAUUUGUUAGGAAAGUCUGGGAUGAGUUCUUGUAAACCCUGUCCUACACCUCUGAAACCUUACACAGAGAUUUUACUCACUGAUGGUAUCCCUUUGAAGGAUCCAAAACAGUAUUGUAGCAUUGUUGGUGCUUUACAGUACCUUGCCUUUACAAGGCCCUGA